CUCUUCACAACUUCUAUGGCAGGCGGUGGAGAUGCAGAAGCUUUGGGCUUUGGAAGAGCAGGCCGUCCCUUGGGCGGGAUCAGACCUUUCUCCAGGGUCCAAGCCCUGUUGUCCAGCCCAUCCGAUUCUGCCCCUGUCAGAGGCCUUUUCCCCUCUCUUCCCUCUCCCCUGUCCUGGAAGCUGUAAAGAACCCACUGUCAUGCCUUGGACUUUACGGCACAGGGCAAAGCUGGGCGUCUGAAGCACUCGGAAGCCUUUUCGCAUGCGUCCCCUGAUGCAUAGAAGUGCUGCAUAUCCAUGGGUAUGUGCACGGCGUGAUUUGGGUGGAAAGUCUGCCAGGAACUUCCCUCUACAACUAAAACCAGGUCUUUGCUCUGGAAUCCAUGAACGUGGAGCAGCUUGGAGCAAGGGGCUUGCUGCGUUUGUCCACAAGCAUUCUGAGCAAGUGGGCAGGCCUGUCCCCCCAACCACGGUGUGGAAAUCUCUGCUCAGUUCCAAGGCCCACAGAGGAGGCGACUCACUCAUCAGCCCAGCAGGCAGCCCCAAGAAAAACUGAUUUGCCACCUGCUGAACUGCUGAGGAAGGAAAUGGACCUUCGGCUGCGUGAUCUGCGCCUGCAGGAGGAAAAGGAGUUUCUGGAGAGCAUGGCACUGCCCGAGGAUGCAGCUGAGACUCCAGAGCACGGCAGGGUCCCCGCAGGUGAGAAUGCUCUGGAACAGUCCCCAGUGGAGGAUGCCCGGAGGGGCAGCCGAGGCCAAGCCAUAGUCCCUGAGCCCCUGAAUGCUGAUGGCAACUGGCAGAUGCCUCUCGUCCCGAAGUCCCCCAGGGAUGCCAGCUUAAUCCUAGAAGCGGUGAAACGCAAUGAAUUCCUGCGGUGCCUGGGCGAUGGGCAGAGCCAGCCGCUGGUGGAGAGCUUCACCCCAGAGCAGCACCAACCUGGCGACACCGUUGUGGCGGAGGGGGCCGAGGGGCAGACCUUGUACAUUGUGGCUGAGGGGGAGCUGAACGUGACACAGAAAGGACGCCAACUGCGCCUCCUGCUCCCAGGGGAUGUGUUUGGGGAGCUGGCUGUACUAUACAACUGCCAGCGAACUGCCACGGUCACAGCACUCACCCCGGUGCAGCUGUGGGCCAUCGACCGGCAAACGUACCGGACCAUCAUCACUGAGAAUGCCAAGCGGAAGCGGGCUGAGGUGCUCGCAGGCCUGCGAAGGGUGAAGCCUCUACAAGGCCUGUCAGAUGCUGCCCUUUCACAGCUGCUGGACUCUGCAGAGGAGCGCACCUUCGCCAACAGUGAAGUCAUCAUCCAGGAAGGAGAUGAGGGCAGAACCUUUUUCUUCAUCCUCAGUGGGCAGGUGGAGGUGACCAGGAGUGUGGAGGGGCAGGAGGAGCACAUCCGAGUGCUGAAGGCCGGGGACCACUUUGGGGAGCUCUCCCUCAUCCGAAACAUCCGCCGGACAGCCAGUUGCCGGGCCCUGGAAGAGGUCACCUGCGUUGCAGUAGCCAAGGAAGACUUCCAGGAACUGAGCCCAAUGUGUACCCACGAGCCGGAAGUGAUGGCACAGGAGGCUUCCCCUCUCUCUGAGCCGAGACGGGUGUUGUUCCUCGAGGGGGCCCCAACCCCACUGCAGCUCCAGGAUCUUCUGCCUGUUUUCUAUGAGGACGGGGAGCAGCGAGGGAAGCCAGUGGUUCUGGGCACUGGUGGCUUUGGCACUGUGGAGCUGGUCCGCUGUGUGGACGAGGGCCAGGACCACUUCUUUGCCCUCAAGCGGCUGCGGAAGGACCACGUGGUGCAGAAGCGCCAGCAGGAACACGUCCUGAUGGAGAAGAAGGUCCUCCGGCAGAGCCGCAGCCCCUUCAUCGUCAGGCUCUUUGCCACCUUCCGGGACAGCCGCCACGUCUACCUGCUGCUGGAGUUCUGCCAAGGGGGCGAGCUCUGGGCCAAGCUGCGCGAGGUCCGCUGCUUCUCGGAGCCUGUGGCCAUCUUCUGCUCCGCUUGUGUGGUCGAGGCCCUGGACUACCUGCACGCCCAGGGGAUCGUCUACCGUGACCUGAAGCCUGAGAACCUGAUGCUGGACGCCCAGGGCUACGUCAAGCUGGUCGACUUUGGUUUUGCCAAGGCCUUGAGGCGUGGGGAGAAGACCUACUCCUUCUGUGGGACCCCCGAGUACUUGGCUCCCGAGAUCCUGCGCCAUGAAGGACACGACUUUGCUGUGGACUUUUGGACGCUUGGUGUGCUCGUCUUCGAGAUGCUUGUAGGACGACCCCCGUUCCACAGUGCUGAACCUCAGAAGAUUUACAGCAGGAUUAUGGACGGCGUCUUCUCUUUCCCGGUCUUUGUGAGCGAGGCGGCCUGCUCCCUUGUGGCCAAGCUUUGCAGGCGCCGACCAGGGCAGCGACUGGGCAACACCAGCAGUGGUUUCCGUGGCAUCCGGAAACACAGGGCCCCCCCUACGUCAACUUCAGGCGGUUCUCUGUUUCAUGGCUGCUGCCCGAGGAGGAGUUUUCCGGCUGGGAUGAAGACUUCUGAACCCCUGGAACUUGGCAGGGUGGGGUGGGGAGGGGAGGGCAGGGUGGCCUGCCUGCGAUCUGCUCCCAACCUACGCCAAGGACUGGAACCAGAACUGAGAGACCGCAGGAGCCCCGGCAGCCCCUCCCUUCCCCAACCAGAAGCUCCUUAGGAGGGGGGGUGCAGCCUGGUUGCUCCUCUGCCUCUCCCCUCCCCCUCCACUGCCCCCUCCUCUGCCCCACCCCGGCCGGCCUUCUCUGGGAGCUGACAGUCGCUGUGGGUAAAUUCACUGUGAAAGGGGGAAGUCCCCCAGUCCUGUGUUGUGCUGCUCAAUGUGGGGAAUAAACUGACUUCAGGGGAUGGCAUGGGCCUCCUUCCUCUGUGGUUUGGCCAUGGGGUGGUGGUGGCGGUGGCGGCUGGAGUUCCUGCUUCCCCCUGACUCUCCAUCUAAGGCCCAGACCCUCUGGCCUUCCAGC